AUGGCAAAGGACAAGAGCGACAAGGAGAAGAAGAAGGAGAAGAAGGAAAAGAAGCGCUCGGAGACCGACGGCGUCCACAAGCACAAGAAAGACAAGAAGGAGAAGAAGCAUUCCAGCGCCCUGGCUGAUGCCGUCGAAAAGGAGCUUACGACACAAGUGUUGGAGGGAUUAGAGAAGGCACAGGCUCAAGAAGCGACUGCCAAUGGACACACUGAGGAGAAGGAGUCCAAGCCGGCGGAGCCUCGGCCAGUUGGCGCUCUUGUUCCAUUUGCACACCCACUGGUCGAAGACAAGACUGCGAAGAAGGUGUUGAAGAGCGUGAAGAAAGCCGCUGCGAACAAGUCUCUGAAACGGGGUGUGAAAGAAGUCGUCAAGGCCCUUCGCAAGUCCCCUAUCCCUCAAGCAAACGUCGCCGUUCCAGAACCUCCAGGCAUCGUGGUUCUUGCCGCAGACAUCUCUCCCAUGGACGUCAUCUCCCACAUCCCCGUACUCUGCGAAGAUCAUGGUAUUCCCUACGUCUUCGUCACGUCUCGCGCGGAGCUGGGUGCGGCUGGCGCCACGAAACGGCCGACCAGUGUGGUGAUGGUCACGAAGACUGGGAAAGGCAAGAAGAAGGAAGGAGAGGCUGCCAAUGGCGAAGAUCAGGAAGACUUCAGCAAGGUAUAUUCGGAGCUGGUGAAGAUCGUCGAGAAGGAGUCGCAAAAGGUCAGGAUCUGA